AUCAAUCACUCCUCAUUCAAUUCUCCAAACAUCAUCACAUAUUUAGGAGAGAUCAGUAAAAAGAAUCGCCAUGAAUCCAAUCACUUCCAUCUUGACCUGUCUCACAGGCAAAAGGGCCUCCUCUCCUUCAUCUCCCCCAAUUCGUGAGAUGAAGAGCAACGAAAAGACCCUCGUCACCUCUCAGCCAGUCCCCUACUCCGACAACGCCGCCGAUCAAUUCGUCGAUAUCCUCAGCACCCACGAAGGAUCCAAACAAGAACUUCAUCACCGUCUCAAGCAAGUCAUUUCCACCAACGGCUGGACCGAAAGCCUCGCCGAGGCAAUUGAGCAUAAGAUCGAGAAGCUACUCCACGACGGCGCAGAGUUGGCAAAGCCCAUGGCCGAAGCAGUGAAAAAGGCUACAGAGAUUGCUUGGCAGUUUGCAAAAGAGCAUCCUGUCUAUGCUGCUCUUAUUGCGGCGGGGACAAUCAUUGCUAUUGCAGUUUUGGCCGAGUUUGAUCUUGUUUGGGUAUUGAGAGCGUUGGGUUUUGAUCCAAUUGGGCCUCGAGUUGGGAGUUUUGCGGCAAGAUGGAUGAGCAAGAUUGGACAGGUCCCCAAGGGAUCGAUUUACUCUUACCUUCAGAGAUUGGGGAUGAAGAUUGCAAAGUGACAAUUACUAUGCAAGUUGUAAUGGAACCAUAGAAACAAGAUACCAUGCUAGUUUGAAGCAGUACCUCAAUUUAUUUAUUUAUUCC